UUUAUCAUAAUAAAAAAAUCUAAAAACACACUAAACUAUAACACUCUAUCUAUCUACCCUAUAUAUUAUAAGAGCUCAGUCUUAUGCGUAUAUUUUGAGAUAGAAGAAAAAAAAUAGUGUGACAAAAAAAAAAAAAAAACACCAAAAUCUUCCUAAGAUUUUAUUACCAAAAAUGGAAAAUAUUGAAAAUCUAGCUCAUGGUCGUGGAAAAGUAAUUGAUGAGUUGUUAAGGGGUCGUGAAUUAGCAAAUCAACUUAGACAUCUUCUCAAUGAAAGUGGUGAUAUUGAUCAUAAUAAUAAUGAUUCAACAACACCAUUUGCUGAAAAUCUUUUGAAGGAAGUGCUUAUGACUUUUACAAAUUCACUCUUGUUCUUGAACAAUAAUAAUCUUACUUCAGAUGUUUCUGAUGCUCAACUCACCAAAUCUGAGGAUUCUUUGGAGAGUAAUUGCAAGAGUACAUCCAUUGUUAAGGAACGAAGAGGUUGUUACAAAAGAAGAAAAGUUUCACAAACAUGGGAGAAGGAAUCUGAACAACCAGAGGAAGAUGGUCAUCAAUGGAGAAAGUAUGGCCAAAAAAAGAUCCUCCACAAUGAUUUCCCAAGGAACUACUAUAGGUGCACUCACAAAUAUGAACAAGGUUGCAAAGCAACAAAACAAGUGCAAAAAAUUCAAGAAGAUCCACUUCUUCACAAAACAACCUAUUAUGGCCAUCACACUUGUAGACUCAUACAAAACCCUGAAAUCAUAGUAGAUUCACUUUCUCCUGCUCAUCACUCUUCCAUGUUCCUUAGCUUUGACAACUCUUUCCCAACACCAACAAAACAAGAUUGCCCUUUUCUCUCAACUUCUUCUCAUCCAUCAUCAACAUCAUCAUCAGUGAAAAAAGAGGAGUGCAAGGAAGAGAUUGUUAAUCCUCCUCCUCCUCCUCCUCCCCCUCCUUCAUCUUCCCACAAUGAUUACCUUUCUGGACUCACUUUCGAUGAUUCCGAUAGACAUGUGACACUAUCAUCAACACUUGAUUCUCAUGAUCACCUUGGUGUCAAUAUUUCUGAUAUUUUGUAUGAUGAUGUCCUCAAUUGGCCUCUUUCUUGAAAUUUUAUGGUUAACUAUGUAUUUUUCAAUGAACUAUCAUCCUUUGUCUUCUUUAGAGUGUGUAUUUCCAAUAUGAGUUUUAGUCUAGAAAAAGUAGUGCAACUUGUAUAACAAUGUUAUGUUGGCCCGAAUGGAACUGAACUUCUUAUACAAGGUUUCAAGUUCGAAUAUGAUGGAUGAAAAAUAUGGUUGGAAUUUGAAAGAGAAAACUCUGGUCAGUCAGAUUUUGCGGCAGAGAUUAGUCAUUGACAAAUUCACUAAAUAGUUCGCACCGACACAUGGUUAAAAAAAAUUGUGCAAGAAGCAGUAUGAGAGGUUACAUAAAUAUGGUAGUAAUGUAAAAUAUGUACUGUAUU